UCACAGUUAUUUUAUUUUAUUUUUGUUUUACAAUAUUUUUCGGUUAUUUCUUAUCAUCAUAGGCUUAAAUUUCACAUUCUCUACAAAAAUAUUUAAUCUUUAGAGGACCGGAAAGCCAGUAUACUGGCUCAACCCAUGUUCGCCACUUUACCCAUGAUGAAUCUAUGAUAUAAGAUACCUUUUUUAUAGAUUUUCUGUAGGGGACAAAGCAACUCGAAUUCCGGUCCUCUAAAGGUUAAUAACUACGUUGUUAAAUCAGAAUGAUAACUGAUGUAACGUUAAAACGGUUUCGGGGAGGGAGAGAGACGAUAAUGGACAGAACUGUCAAGAGCUUGCACGAUGUCUAUUCGAAAAAAAAGAUGCGCGCGCACAAGCGUUCCGCGUGUUUCACCGUUAUACCGUGAAGCACAACGUCAGGCGAGAUUGAAACAACGCGAGCGGGGGUGAUUGUUGCAGUCCAUAUAUCAAACGCGCAAUCAAUUAUCGUCGUAACAUUUGUGUAACAGUUAACGCAAAACACAGCGCGCUCGAACACAGUUUGAGCACCGCAAUCUCGUACGUCAAAUGCGACAAUCGCCGAACUGGAUACUUUUACGCUGGCCGGCGAGUCUACAUGACGCCGUGCGUUUCUGCUUGAACCGUGAGAUUUUCAAGGCCACGUGAAUCUUUCCAUAGCGGCUCACAUGUAUUUUUCCAUUGCUACAUAAUCUGACAGCUUUGUGAAAGCUUUAUCACUGCUUCGCGCGACGUAACCCUUAAGAGUAUGGGCCGCAUGAGUCUGCUGAGAAAUUUGUCAAACAAGAAAUUUGUCAGUACCACGAUGUCGGUCAUCAAGCAAGCUGUCAAUCUGAAAACGUUGAGCUCGCAGGACCUAACGGCUUUCUUCGAUUCCUUCGAUACAGUGCUCACCGACUGCGAUGGUGUUUUGUGGAUACAAAAUACAGCACUGCCACACUCUGCCGAGGUGAUCAAUUUAUUUCAGGAGCUUGGCAGGCAAGUCUUCUACGUAACUAAUAACAGCACAAAGACGCGAGAGGAGUUCGCGAAGAAAUGCAAACAGCUUAAUUUCAAAGCGAGCGAUGAUCAUCUGUUUUGUACAUCUAAUUUAGCGGCGCUUUACUUGAAAAGUAUGAAUUUUCGUAAAAAGGUCUACGUCAUUGGGUCAACAGGCGUCACCGGAGAGUUGGACAAAGUUGGUAUACGGCAUAUCGGAACGGGGCCGGAUCCUCUGACGCCAGAUUGGACGGCCAUGAAUGUCCAAAAAGAUCCCGAAGUCGGUGCUGUGAUCGUAGGAUUCGACGAGCACUUCAGCUACCCGAAAAUGACAAAGGCGGCGAGCUACUUGAACGACCGCGACGUGCAUUUCAUCGGCACGAACACCGACAAUCGAUUCCCAGCCAAAGACAGCGUGGUCGUGCCAGGUACCGGCAGUCUGGUGAGUUGUAUAGAGAUGUGUUCUGAAAGGAAGGCCACUAUAAUGGGCAAGCCCGAGCCGUACAUCGCCGACGUUCUGAAGCAACAGUGCAACAUCGAUCCAAAGCGCACGAUAAUGAUUGGUGAUCGGGACAAGAGCGACAUUUUAUUGGGUACGCGCUGCGGAUUCAAAACUUUGCUCGUGCUUUCCGGAGUGACUACUCUGAAUGACGUCGAUAGGUGCAAAAAGUCCUCGUCCAAAGACGAUAAUGACUUGGUGCCGGAUUAUUACAUCGAUACUCUGGGCGAUCUCUAUCCUCAUCUACAAAAGUAUAAGUUGCAUAAUAGCAACUAAUUCUUAUGCUAAUACGUCAAUUAUCGAUUUAUACGUAUGAAAAUUAAGUCAUCGGAUAAAACUCGAGUUGGUUCAUCCAAUUCAAUCUUUUAGAUAGUCUCCAUUUAUUCAUGUUCAUGUACAUUUAGUUUCCAAUGAAAAUCACACAUCGAUUUCUUUCUUUGCGAUAAUCUAUCAACGAGCAAUUUGGGUAACAGGACAAAAUCAUACAAAUGUUUCUGCAAAUGUUUACAGCUACCUUUUGUGGCAAUGACAAUACAGUGUCGCUGAAAUUGAUUAUUUGAAAAACGCGAGUCAAAAAGACGACAUUGUAAGCGACUUUAAUUCCGUGUUCCUUGCGUUAGCCUGAAUUACAACUUUUACUCCGCGUAAAUACUCGCGCGCGCACCAAAAAGGAGAACAAAAAUAAAGGAAAUCUAGCGUUCACGCUAGAAAUCAGCGUUCAUUUAAUGAGCGAGUCCCAACGACGGAAUUUCGAGUGAGUAAGAAAAAUGAUACGCGAGAAAGCGAGGCAUUAUCGAGAGGCGAGAGAGCCAAGUCACGUAUGCAAAGUUGCAGUUUGCGUAACAAGGUUAAUAGAAUGCGCGGCGAGUGGUGCACGGUCAAGAGCGCUCUCCGCGCGAUUACUCCGGCGAGCGGAGCGACUGACUUGAAUGUGUCGUAUCUGCGGCAAACGGUGAAUACGUAUCCCAUUAUCUCUCGGCCUUCU